AUGAGCUGCCAGGAAUGGCAGAUCAUAACAUCAAUGUUAACAAUUGCAUUCAAUAAAAUCUAUCCAUUAACUGUUUACCUCUUGGUCAGUACAAUGAUUGAUACACAAACACCAGAUAUGGUAAUAAUCGUUAAAAUGACAAAGGAUUUUAAUAAAAUUGAUUCAGUUAGAAUCAAGCAACUGCCAACACAAUCAUGCGCAGCACAUCGUCUUGUACUGUUAAAAACUACAGCAUUUGUGACGGAAUUAAAAACAUUGAAAUUGGCUAGAAUACCAAACACUUAG